UACAGACUCACUGCGUUGAGUCUAACAACCGCGACUGAAUGCAGCCUCCAAUGUGCUCAGAAGAAUGGGCUUACAUUUCAAGUGGCCAUUAGGGGCCCCUAUGCUGGCAGCAAUAUAUGCAAUGAGUAUGGUUUUAAAAAUGCUGCCUGCCCUGGGUAUGGCGUGUCCACCCAAAUGCCGCUGCGAGAAGCUGCUCUUCUACUGCGACUCUCAGGGCUUCCGCUCAGUGCCAAACGCCACAGACAAGGGCUCUCUGGGCCUGUCCCUGAGGCACAAUCACAUCACAGAGCUCGAAAGGGAUCAAUUUGCCAGCUUCAGUCAACUUACCUGGCUCCACUUAGACCACAAUCAAAUUUCAACAGUAAAAGAAGAUGCUUUUCAAGGACUAUAUAAACUUAAGGAAUUAAUCUUAAGUUCCAACAAAAUAUUUUAUUUACCAAACACAACUUUUACUCAACUGAUUAACCUGCAAAAUUUGGACCUGUCUUUUAAUCAGCUGUCAUCUCUGCACCCAGAGCUCUUCUAUGGCCUUCGGAAACUGCAGACCUUGCAUUUACGGUCCAACUCCCUGCGGACUAUCCCAGUACGCCUAUUCUGGGACUGUCGUAGUCUGGAGUUUCUGGAUUUGAGCACAAACCGUUUGCGAAGUUUGGCUCGCAAUGGAUUUGCAGGAUUAAUCAAACUGAGAGAGCUUCACCUAGAGCACAACCAGCUGACGAAGAUUAAUUUUGCUCAUUUCCUACGGCUAAGCAGUCUGCACACACUCUUCUUACAAUGGAACAAAAUUAGCAACUUGACAUGUGGGAUGGAGUGGACCUGGGGCACUUUAGAAAAGCUAGACCUGACUGGAAAUGAAAUCAAAGCCAUCGACCUGACAGUGUUUGACACGAUGCCUAAUCUUAAAAUUCUCCUCAUGGAUAACAACAAGUUAAAUAGCCUUGAUUCCAAGAUCUUAAACUCCCUGAGAUCCCUCACAACUGUUGGCCUCUCUGGCAAUCUGUGGGAAUGCAGCCCUCGAAUAUGUGCUUUGGCCUCCUGGCUGGGCAGUUUCCAAGGUCGGUGGGAACAUUCCAUCCUAUGUCACAGUCCUGACCACACCCAAGGAGAGGAUAUACUAGAUGCAGUCCAUGGAUUUCAGCUCUGCUGGAAUUUAUCAACCACUGUCACUGCCAUGGCUACAACUUAUAGGGAUCCAACCACUGAAUAUACAAAAAGAAUAAGCUCAUCAAGUUACCAUGUGGGAGACAAAGAAAUCCCAACUACUGCAGGCAUAGCAGUUACUACUGAGGAACACUUUCCCGAACCAGACAAUGCCAUCUUCACUCAGCGGGUAAUUACAGGAACAAUGGCUUUAUUGUUUUCUUUCUUUUUUAUUAUUUUUAUAGUGUUCAUCUCCAGGAAGUGCUGCCCUCCCACUUUAAGAAGAAUUAGGCAGUGCUCAAUGAUUCAGAACCACAGGCAGCUCCGAUCCCAAACACGACUCCAUAUGUCAAACAUGUCAGACCAAGGACCGUAUAAUGAAUAUGAACCCACCCAUGAAGGACCCUUCAUCAUCAUUAAUGGUUAUGGACAGUGCAAGUGUCAGCAGCUGCCAUACAAAGAAUGUGAAGUAUAAUAUCUACCCGUCAUCAAAAAUUACAUCAGAUAAGUAACCUAUUUUACAUAGUAGGGGAUAAAUACAUACCUAAUUUUUACCAAUGGUGACAUUAAGCCUAAUUUUCCAAACCAAGUGGAGACUUAAGUUUUUGAAGUGUUGAAGUAUUUUUAAUUUUUUUUAAUGAACCCAUAUUUUAAGUGUUAUAUGAAGCAAAGCUCAUAUUAAUUUGCACUCUUGUUGCAAAGUCUAAAAAUGCUUAUUUCAAAAUAAGACAUUUCAUGUAUGUAAUUAUUAUAUACUAUCAUGUGUAAACAUUUACACUAAGGUCUCCAUAUGCUAUUUUUUUCUACUGAAAACAGUUUGGAAAGAAGCUACUGAGCAGAAAAAGAUAUGGAUCAAUACUUGUUAGAUCACUGCUCUCCAUCCCAAGAACCACAACUGGCUUGCUGCUUAA